AUGAAUGAUAAUUAUUUGCAUUACCAAAUUCCAAAUAUAAGAUAUGAAGUUGGCAAACUUACAUUUUACAGAAUCGCAAAAUUCAUUAAACUACAAGAAAAAGCAGAGAAUUAUGAAUCAUUGUCAGUUGAUGAUUCGGAUCAACUAUUCCACUUAUUCAUUUUACUUCAAUCAGUUUUAAAUAUGACAAUGUACCCAAUAUACAUCAACACUACUGAUACUGUCACACUUUCAUUUGCAACUAACACCAGAUAUAUUAAUUCUCAGAAAGGAAUGGUUGGAUUUGUUGACGCAACCCCAAGCACAGUGGAUGGUUUACUUGAACCAUUUCUAGAGUGCUCAUUUCUUAAAGAAAACUAUGAUCUAAUCAAAGACAAUGAUGACGUUCUUUUCUAUUCAUAUUGUAUUCGCCAAAAAGCUGAAAAUAAAAAUGGUGGGAAACGUGUAACUUACAAGAAGGCCAACGAUUUCAUUGUGGAGCAUUUUGCAAAUAAUAUCACAUCAUUAAAUUUCCUAUUCAGUCCAGAACUCAGAAAUUAUCUUACAAGGGUUACAGAUGACUCAGAAAAAGAUCAACAUUACAAAUCUUAUGAAGAAUUCCACAAAAUGGUUGUUUAUGUCCACAAGUUAAACAAUGACUGCCCUAAAAAGUUCAGAUCCCAUCUAGUCAAUCUAUUCACCAGAAACAAAUUCAGUGGCAAAAGUCAAGUAUUGAUGAACAAGUACAAUAAUAUAGUUAUGUAUAUUAAUCAACAUGGACUCAAAACCACUGCAUCUAUACCAAACCCAACUCCAUCUGAAAAUGGAACACGCCAAAAUUAA